AGAAUCUGUCUAAAUUAUCUGAACAAACAUACAGACAUGCACUGGAUAAACUAAUGAGCAGAUAUUUCUUAUGCCGAACACCAACAAGUCGCCAGCCGUCUAUCAAUUGGCUAUCGCCGCGCGGCUAUAUUGUGAUAAGGCGCCAUUAUGCUGUUUCAUGCUGCUAAUUGCUACUGAAAAGCCGGCUCCUGUUUGGCCCAUACAAGAAAUAGCAGAAGCUUACCAAGUACGUACCACAAAUUUUAGGAAGGAAGUGGCAUUGGCCUUGAAAAUACACAUAUUUCAGAGAACAGUCGCAUCAAUCAAUGCGGGGGACGGCUCACCGUUUGACGCCAGCUGCGACACAGAGGCCGUUUGCGGCGCCAAUGUGUAGGGGCCGCGCCGUUCGUGGCGCAGCAGCGGCACUUUGACGGCACCUGGAGACGACCAUUACGGAGGGAACGAGUAUAUACUCCGGGAACGAACACAGCCGGCGGCCACCGCUGCCGCCGAAAAGUCAUACCGAUCCGUCACGUCCCCAACUGUCGGAAACGGCAGACGUGAGGCGUGCUGUUCGUCUUUAGAAUGUCUAGCGACCCAGACAUAGACGUCCCGGUCUGAGCACCUGUGUGGGGGCGGACGGGUCCCAGAAGAGUGCAGGUCCCCUGUGUGUCAAGAACAGUCAGUCGUUGGUCGGCAACCACAGCAGCAACAUGAGCAGCCAGCUGAACACGGGCACCCGCGCCAUGCCUUCACGUCAGGCGCUGCGGUACCAGUUUGACCUGAUCGACCGGGAUCACAACGGCAGCAUCAGCGGCCACGAGCUGACCGAGGUAAUGCGUCAGCUGGGCCACAACGUCACCGACGCCGAGAUCGUCGACAUCAUGGCCGCCGUCGAUCUCGACGGUGAUGGGAAUCUGACCUUUGACGAGUUCGUCACGGUCAUGUCGAAAACGAGUCGAGACGGAGAGCGGACGCGGGAGGAAGCCGAUAACGCGAUGAGAGAGGCGUUCAAGGUGUUUGAUAAGAACGGUCGCGGCUUUAUUGGGGUCUCUGACCUGAGGGCGGUGCUGCACUGUCUUGGCGAGCGGCUCACCGAUGAAGAAAUCGAGGACAUCAUAGACGAAGUGGACAUGGACGGAGACGGCCGGAUUGAUUUUAUCGAGUUUGUGCGAGCUGUCACCGAUGACGGAGAGGGGGAGACAACAAUGUGAAGAUACUCAGAGAAACAUCUGACGCAAACAAGAGAGCCCCGGGCGGAGAA